AACCAGACAUCUCUCUCGACUCACAAAUCUCUCUUUCGCUUCUUCUUGGAUUGGGAGAGCUGCGAUCCACUGCUUCAAUGUCUACUGUGCUCGAAUCGAUAGCUGUUUCUCGCGCCUCUGGCUUGUCCAGACCAGCUGUUUCGCCGUCUCCUGCCUCUUCGUGUUUGUCUUCAGUCUCUGGUCGCCGGAUAUCGAGGGCCUUACCGGAAUUUAAAGGCCUCAGGAUGAAAUUGACGCCUGAAACUCGCUCUUUUGGAUCGGCUAGUCGGAUUCAGAGAUCAAGACAAGGUCGCAAUGGACGAAUUGUGUGCGAGUCUCAGGAUAUUGCCGUUGAUGUGCCAUCUGUUACUGAUAAAACUUGGAAGUCAGUUGUUCUUGAAUCUGAAUCCCCUGUUGUUGUUGAAUUUUGGGCUCCAUGGUGUGGGCCCUGUCGUAUGCUCCUCCCUAUAAUUGAUGAACUGGCAAAGCAAUAUGUUGGGAAGAUAAGAGUCUACAAAAUUAAUACUGAUGAGUGCCCAUCCGUUGCAUCUGAUUAUGGGAUUCGAAGCAUUCCUACUGUCUUAAUUUUUAAGAACGGAGAAAAGAAAGAUACCAUUAUUGGAGCCGUUCCAAAAACCACUCUAGCUGCUAGUAUUGAGAAAUUCCUGUAGAAAUGGUAAGAAAUGCCUUUGCUGGGCUAAGUUCUUGUUUGUUUAUCUGUUGUUUGAAUCUUUAUCUUUUAAUGCCCCAGUCGGAUAUUCUGCUAUCAAUAAGCCCUUAAAUAAUGCUAUUGUAUUAUGUAUAGUUUCCAAAAGCUGCCAUAUUUACUGCCUCUUUAGACAAGAUUAGUUGCCUAAUAUAUUUCUGAUUUUUUAGACGUC